AUGGCGGACAAGUUCGGCCCUAUCUUCCGAAUCAGACUGGGAACAACGCACCAAACCCUGGUCGUGAGCAGCUCGGAAAUAGCAAAGGAAUGCUUCACAACAAACGACAAGGUCCUAGCAACUCGCCCCAAAUCACUAGCCUCUCAAAUCAUCGGCUUCAACUACACCAUUCUCGCCGUCGCACCUUACGGCCCGUAUUUGCGCGAGAUAAGAAAGAUACUUUUCCAGGAAUUGCUGUCGAGUUCUAGAAUCGAGCUGCUAAGACCCACAAGGGAAUCCCACGUGAGAAAAUCCAUCAAACAAACUUUUGCCCACUGGCUGAAGAACAAGGACGCCGCCGCCGCCGCCGUCGGCGGCGGCGGCGUGACGGUGGAGAUGAAGCAGUGGUUCGGAAGGCUGAUCAUGAACCUAACAAUAUCGUUGAUUUUUGGCGAGCAAGAAGUUGAAGAAGAAGAAAGCAAAGUUCAUGAGGGCAUUCGGAGAAUGAUGGAGCUGUUCGCGGAGCCCGUGGUUGCGGAUUUUUUCCCGUGGCUGAGAUGGUUGGACAUCGGGGGACAUGAGAAAGCUAUGAAGCAGACCGCCAUGGAAAUGGAUAGCUUCGCACAGAGGUGUAUAGAGGAGCACAGAAGAAAAAGGAAUAGUUUUAAUGCUAAGGAAGAAGAUUUCAUGGGCAUCAUGUUAUCCUUAUUUGAUGGUGCAUCCAAUCAAAGUCUUCCCAAUGGAUAUGAUACUGAUGUUGUAAUCAAAUCUACUUGUCUGAGCAUCUUGAUUGGAGCCGCAGAAACAAGUAUUGUAACAUUGACAUGGGCUCUCUGCUUAAUAUUAAAUAAUUACAAUGUGUUGGAGAGGAUUCAAGAUGAGCUAAACACCCAUGUUGGAAAGCAAAGAUGCGUUGAGGAAUCUGACCUAAGUCAAUUGAUUUACCUACAAGCUGUCAUUAAAGAAACAUUGCGUUUAUAUUCGCCAGCCCCACUCUUGGUACCACAUGAAGCCAUGGAAGAUUGCACUAUCGAAGGUUACCACAUCCAGAAGGGUACACAAAUAUUGUUUAACAUUGCAAAGAUCCAUCGUGACCCAAAGGUGUGGGUAGAGCCAGAUAAGUUUAAACCUGAGAGAUUUUUAACUAGUCACAAAGAUAUUGACGUUAAGGGCAAUAAUUUCGAGUUGAUUCCAUUUAGUAGUGGACGGAGGAUAUGCCCAGGAGUUUCUCUAGGGUUACAAACUAUGCAAUUGACACUAGCUAGCCUAUUUCACAGCUUUGAUACAAGAAGGUUGUCAAAUGAGCCAAUUGAGAUGACUGAAAGUAGUGGAGUGACUAAUAUCAAAGCCACUCCACUACAAGCCCUCCUCAUACCACGCUUGGCUUCAAAUUUAUAUGGUUGAACAUAUAAGAAAGAAAUAUGAUAUAUGUUGACAAGUGCACCAGUCAUAUAAGUAAAAGUAAUAUAUAGGAGUUGAGUCCAUGUAGCGUCCCAUCAGUUGUUAUACCAUGGACGAUGGUCCCCUUGCAAGGUGCACCUUGGUUUUAAAUGUUGUAUUUUUAGUAUUGGAAUUGUGAACUUCUAAAAUAUAAAUUGUGUUUAUAAGUUUUGGAAA